AUGGGAGAUGGGGCUCCGGCUUUGGCUCAGGGCCCCACGGAGCAGCCAGGGCGCGGUGGCUCUCAGGUUGCGGGGAGCCGCGAGCUGAGCCCCGCGGAAAGGGCGCGGGCGGGUGUCAGCGAGGCGGGGCCGGCGCGAGAGCUGGGCGGGGCCGGGCUCCAGCGUCCGGGCAGCCCCGAUGUCCCGCCAGUAGCGCGGGCUGGAGGGAGGCAGCGGCUGCAGGAUGGAGCAGGACGCGGGGCAGGGCCCGUCCGUCUUCGACCUGCCCAAGAAUUUCAUGUUCACCUGGAUGGAGCCAUUAAGCCAGAAACAAUCUUAUACUUUGGCAAGAAAAGAGGAAUUCCGCCCCCUGAUGACACUGUGGAAGACCUCUUGGAGCUCAUCAGUUACUGGAAGCCACUCACUCUCACCCAGUUUCUAGAAAAGUUUGCUCUCUACAUGUCUGCCAUUGCGGGGGACCGUGAUGCUGUGAGAAGAAUAGCCUAUGAGUUUGUAGAAAUGAAAGCAAAAGAAGGUGUCAUCUAUGUUGAGGUCAGAUACAGCCCUCAUCUCCUAGCCAACUGCAAAGUUCAUCCUGUUCCAUGGGGCCGAAAAGAGGGCGACCUCACUCUGGAUGAAGUGGUUCACCUUGUUAAUCAGGGAUUACAGGAUGGAGAAAGGGAUUUCAACAUCAAAGCCAGGUCUAUUCUAUGCUGCAUGCGCCAUAUGCCAAGCUGGUCACUGGAGGUGGUGGAGCUGUGUAAGAAAUACCAGAACAAUACGGUGGUAGCUAUAGACCUGGCUGGGGAUGAGUUGUUGGUGUCUGAGACCUUCCCAGAGCAUAGGAAGGCUUAUGAGGAAGCUGAAAGAUGUGGCAUUCAUUGCACUGUCCAUGCUGGGGAGGCUGGGCCACCGUCUGUCAUCAAGGAGGCAAUCAAUGUCCUGAAGACAGAACGGAUCGGCCACGGCUACCAUGUCCUGGAAGACCCAGCCCUUUAUAGGGAGCUGUUGAGAAGGAAGAUGCAUUUUGAGAUAAUGACUAAUUCUGCAGGGACCUGUCUUUUGUGCAGUGUCCUCACCGGGGCGUGUGGUCCAGACUUUAGGAAACACCCAGUAAUUCAGUUUAUGAAUGAUAAAGCUAAUUACUCCCUGAACUCUGAUGGCCCGCUCAUUUUGAACUCUACAAUUGAGACUGAUUACAGAAUAGCUAAGCAGUUCCUGGACUUCACUGAAGAGGAGUUCAAGAGAGUGAACAGCAAUGCAGCUCAGUCCAGCUUCCUGCCUGAGAAAGAAAAGAAGGAGCUUCUCAGUAAACUGUAUGAAGCCUACGGGAUGGUCCCGAACAACCCAUCCUAAUCCUGCUUCUACCAGCCGGCAAGGUGCAUUCACCUCUCCCCAUGCGUGCUCAACUCCUCUUUAUUUUAGUGGGAGCAUAGGGGGAGGAG